AUGCACAUACCCGACGUGGUUGUGCUCUGUAAUGGCGCCGUGCGCAUGAUCGUCGAGUUUGAGCACAAGCACCGGAGCUUCCCGGUGAUGGUCGAUUGCUGUUGUGGCUACUUUGCCACGUACCCCUCUCUGCGCACGACGGUCGCGAUCAAGCUCUUUGGCGCGCAAGGCGGCGAUCCGUUCCGGUUUGGCGCGAUCGCGCUGCAGUACAAGCGCGACGCUGACGGUCAGCCGCGCCUCGUGUACGCUGCGAGCAUCGGCACGGCGCCGUUGACGGAUCAAGCAAAAGAUCGCAUCCGUCGCAAGAUUGGCGACGAGGCUUUCGCAGCGAUACACCGAUUUGAAGACGGCGUCGCGAACGAAGCGGCGCUGCAACACGUGACCUGGGCGCACCCGACCAUGGAUUGUCCUCAACUCUCGAUCGAGGUGUCGGACCUCGAGUACUCGGACGUUCAUGGCCUCCUCGCGGGCGCACCGCCGACCAACGAGCGGCUGGUCAUUGAUCUCUAUAAGGUCAUUUUGGCUUGCUAUGAAGUCAGCGACAGUGAUCGAGCUCGUGACGAGCAGCUCACACGGGAGACGACGCGUGCGACGGAGGUCCGCGCCAGUGCCGCGGCCAGCGUCGACACCGACAAUGACGUCAUGAACGACCGCCGCUUGGCCAUGGAGGGCACUGACAUGGAUGAGCCUCUGACGCCUCCCGGGUCGCAGCUUUCGAUCCACGAUCUCUUGUGCGUCCCGCGGUCGUUUGUGGGUGAGUACGUGCGCGUCGCCAACGAGCAGCAGGUGCUCGAUGACGUGGCCAACGCCGGGGCCGCGCUCGACGAGCUCUAUCGCUUCCAGACGGAGCAGAACGCUGCUUUUGAGUUGGUUUAUCAGCGCGACCCGCACGCAGUAAACGACAUUGAUGCGACGCUGCGCCACCUCGAUACGCAGAUCAACGAUCAACUUGCGGCGCUUUCUCUGCUGCGCGACAAGAUUCAGGUGUACGCGGCCGUGAACCACAACGUUGCGCAAGAAUUCGAGAUCGACGGCGUGCCCAGCCGUGCACAGAUCAAGAUGCAUCUGGCGACACUCGAGACGAUCCUCGUCGAGCGACUCGAUUUGCUUUUGGACGGACAAAACCCGCGCGUGCAGUGCGCUGGCACAAGCUGCUGGCCUGCGUUUGCGACGGCGCUCGACGAAGGACAUUGGUUCUUGCGUCAGGAGCACUGGUUGCAGCCAACACGGCAGUAGGCAUGGGCAAUGAAGAUACCAUGUCGUUGCCCGCUCAAUUCAUAAAUUGAUAUUUUACUCGAUA